GCCCUUGUUCUAGCGUUUUGGCGCCCUUGUUGUUUGCCCCAAUCUGGAUCUUUGGCAUGGAGGGGAGCUCCCGGCGUGAGAGGCACUGAUCUUGAGGUUUCUGGAGCAAACGCUAUGGAUGCCUUCCAGCAGCCUCCGGGCGACAAGCCUGAGGAGCACAACCCCCAGCAAGGAUUGGGUCAAUCGAUCUGGCAAACGACUCAAGAACAGCCAUUGUUUCAAAAAAUUGAAGCUUCCGGACCUUCGCAGGCGCAGCUAAGCGGGAGAAAACUCGUCAGGCAGCUCGAUUUUACGGCUUCCAUAAAGCCACAAAAAGGAGAAACUUUUGCAAAGAAAUCCAAGCAGUGCAAUUGCAAGAACUCUCGCUGUUUAAAGCUGUACUGUGAAUGCUUUGCUUCUGGUGUUUAUUGCGAUGGAUGCAACUGCUUGAAUUGCUGGAACAAUUCCGAGAAUGAGAAAGUAAGGCAGGAAGCUGUGGAGCUAGCUCUAGAGCGGAAUCCCAAUGCUUUUCGACCGAAGAUUGGCAGCAGUCCUGGAGUCCAGGAACUUGUACGAGAGCCUCAAGCGACCGUAGCCAGGCACAACAAAGGUUGCCAGUGCAAGAAAUCCGGCUGUUUAAAGAAGUACUGCGAGUGCUUUCAGGCCAACAUACUCUGCUCGGAGAACUGCAGAUGUGUGGAUUGUAGGAACUUCGAUGGCAGUGAUGAGCGGAGAAUACUGCCUCAUGAUCUUCUCUCCCCGCCAGCGAGCAGCGGCAGCGCUGCCUCUGCGUCAACUGGAUUGUUGAGCUGCCCGCCGUCGUCUCCAACAGCUGCCAAGAAAAGAAGAACACAAGAUCUUGUAUUUAUAGGCCACUCGCUGAAAGAACAGCCGUCUCGAGCGACGCAGGCGCAAGUGAACGCUUUAAGAGCAGCUAACAGCCUGCUCAGCACCACCUUGGGAGGCCCAGGACUGCAAACUUCUCCUGCAGUAAGGUCGAUUCGCGGAUCACUCUUAACGGGAGUUGUGCAACCUGAGGUGGUGGAGGAGCUUUGCAAGUUGCUCGUGAUUGUCUCUGCCGAGACAGCCAAAACGUUUCUUGAAUCCACGAAGUCGCAACAAGGAGAGCAGGCUCGACAACGAGAUGUGGAAGAGAAAGACCAAGAGGAGUCCGCGAGAGACUCCGAAGCAACCUCCGCAAUGGCUAGGAACCAGCGCGAGCUCUCGCCGGGAACGCAAGCUCUUAUGUGCGACGAGCAGGACCUUGGCUCGUCGUGCAAGGAGCAAAGCCCAGAACAGAGCAGCAUGCGCUUGUGUGCCGAGCAGGAGCGACUGAUUCUCAUGGACUUCCGUGAUUGCCUGAAGAAGAUCAUCGCGGUUGGAAGGAAGCGAGCCUCGCUCUUCUCCGCGGAGAUGGCGAGAACGGAGAUGCUGGCGGCGUCGCGAGCUCGAGGAAUGUCACCAGUAGCAACAGCCAGUCCGAUGGAUGGCCAAACUCUUCCACAACCAGUUCCUGCGUCUAGUUCCAAGCAACCAGCGGUGUCUAGCGGCUCGCAGCUCUGCAUGGUUCCUGUCAUGUCCACCACGGUGGAGGGAUUCGCGACUCGAGUUCCACCGUCCACAAUGAAGUCGACACUCUGCAUGGAUCCAUCGAGAGCUGCACGAGAAGCAAAUGAAAAUCAAACAAACCUCUCUUCCGGAAGAAACUCCGUAAGUGUCAGCGAUGAUCGCUGGAUCCAGCAUCCAUUCAUCGUCGGCGGGUCUCCUAACGCUCUCGCUGCGACGCUUCCACCGAAUCUUGUGCACUGUUUUGGCAUGUCUUUGCUGGCGGGGAGGAUGAAAGUGUACUGUGACGAACACCCUCAACGUUGGAAAGAGGAAACCAUGGAAAAGCAUGAAAGUUUUACGUACCGGGCCAGGGAGACACUGGCGAGCAACGCGGAAGAAACUUGUAGGGAAGCCCGUGGUAUACUUGUCGAUGUCUUGGAACGAUCGGCAGAGAAUGCUCAAUGGCUGCGCAAGAUCAAGAAGAAAAACUCCUUUCAUCUUCUUCUUUUACACGAGAAAGAACGACUCCAACGCCACCAUCUUGUAGCAGCGAGACGACCUGGUCGAGCUUCCAGAGAUUGGAUCCAAACUGAUCUAUCUCCAGGUGGAAAAUCUCUUUGGACUGGAGAAGAGAAAGAAUGGGAUGGGAUUUGCCACGGCAAAAUGGAGCAAACAAACCUUGCCAGCGCCAGGUCCAGGCGUGUCAUACUUGAGCCGCUUUGGACUGCGCUUCACGACCGCCUGGAUCCUCCCUGCAAAUCGAUUCUUCUUCCUCCUCUCCACCCCAAACAAUUGGAAUCCAGCAGCGCCGGAUCGCCCAAGCGCGCGGCCAUUCCAAUCCUGCCAAGAAUGGAAGAGCGCAACGAAUGCCUGCGCCUCAUCCAGGCCUGCAAAUCCCUUCCCGCCGCGGAGAAGCUCCACUCCCGCGCCGCGCGCCUACCGCCCCAAUCCCCCACGCGCGACAUCUUCCUGUCCAACAAGCUCAUCGAGAUGUAUGGCCGCUGCGACAGCCCCGCCCAAGCGCGCAACGUCUUCCACGCGAUGCCGCUCACAGAUUGCUACUCCUGGGUCCUGGCGCUCUGCGCGUAUGCCCGCGGCGGGCAUCUCCGUGAGGCGCGAGAGACCUUCGAUCUGAUGCCGGACAAGAACUUGGUCUCCUGGAACGCGAUGCUCACUGCAUUCUCACAGCACGGCUGCGGCAGCGAAGCCCAAGAACUUUUCCACCAGAUGCCACAGCGAGAUCUUGUGUCCUGGAACGCGACCUUGUCAGCAUUUGCCGGUAUGGGAGAUUUGCAAGGAGCGCGCGCUUUAAUUUCCGCCAUGCCCGAACACAGUCUCGUGUCGUGGACUGGAUUGCUCGCUGCCGCAGCGCAGAGCGGCAGCAUCGAGGACGCCAAGCGCUUCUUUGACGAAAUGCCACAGCGAAACAUGAUCUCCUGGACCGCAAUGCUUACCGCAUAUGCCAUGAAUGGGCAUAUUUUAAAUGCUAAGCUUCUGCUUCACCGCAUGCCCGAAUUCGAUCUCGUCGCCUGGAACACAAUCCUCGACGCUUCCGCGCAAUAUGGCGAUCUUCAAGAAACCAAAGCCAUCUUCGACGAGAUGCCAGAAAGGAAUCUGGUCUCCUGGACAAUUAUCAUAACCGCAUAUGCCCAAAGAGGGCAUCUACACAGCUCUAAGCUCUUGUUUGAUUGCGCCCCAGUUUUAGAUGACGUACUUCUCAACGCCAUGCUAGCUGCAUACACCCACAAUGGUUAUCUCAAAGAUGCUAAGAAUCUCUCUGAUAACAUGCCAUGCCACUGCUUAUUCUCGGCCACUGCAAUGCUUACAGCGUUCUCCCAAAACGGGGACGUUGAGCAAGCUCAAGCAUUGUUUGAUUCAAUGCCGGAACAAAACCUUUUCUCUACCACUGCUAUGCUUACAGCGUAUGCCCAACACGGGCAUCUCCAGGAAGCCAGGCAAGUGUUCGAGAGGAUGCCCGAGCUGGACGCGGUAUCUUGGGCCGCCAUGGUUUCGGCUCACUCCCAAAACGGCCAACCUUCGGAGGCCGAGGUCGUCUUCUACUCCAUGCCUGAGCGUGACACCGCGUCGUGGAACACACUCCUCUCCGGCUACGCCCAAAACGGGCAUCUCUCGCAAACCCAGAAGACCUUCCGCUUGAUGCCCUCUACCGACACCAUCUCGUGGAACGUAAUGCUGGCUGCGUAUGCCCGAAGCGGGGACACAGGCCCUCUCUACGACCUCUUCAAAACAAUGAAGACCCUCGACCUUGCCGACGAAGCCUCGUUCCUGCUCGUCCUUCUCGCAUGCAGCCAUGGCGGCAAAGUCUUCACCAGCGUAUCACACUUCCUCUCCAUGGCCUCGGACUUCGGCUUGCAACCAAACAAGCAGCACUUCGGCUGCAUGAUUGACGUCCUCGGCCGCGGGGGGUAUCUGGAAGACGCCCAGGAACUCAUCGCCACAAUGCCCUUCGAGCCCGAUUUCCUCGAGUGGACAUCGCUGCUCGGUUCGUGCCGGAGCUACCGCGAUCCCAAUCGAGGCGCUCGAGCGACGAGGCAGGUGCUCAAGUCGGAUCCAGUCCGGGCUGCGGCAUAUGUCCUCUUAGCAAAUACCUAAACACCCAAUUAGCCAAAUGACAAGAAUAUGCGAAAGCCGGGGGUGGAAUAUACCACCGUCGUUAGGCGAAAAGGCAAAGGAAGCAAAUGAAGUCCUCGUCCUCGGUCGCUAUAGGUUCCUCCCUGACCACUCGCUGCCGGAGGAUGAGCGCAAAUGCCAGCCCCAGUCCUAGCCCAGAUCACAAAACGGUGAAUGUGAAGAUCAAAGGCAUGGUCCAGGGCGUCUUCUACCGGAACUGGACCAUGGACACCGCCAAGCAACUCGGGAUCAAUGGCUGGGUGAGGAACCGAAAGGAUGGCUCCGUG